AUGGUAGAACAACUUGAAAACACCAGUAAAAAACUGGAUCCAGAAAUCAACAUCAACAAUGCAAAGUUAAUAACAGACAAGCAACACCCCGAAGUGGAAAAAGGACAGGCAUACAAAGACAAAGAAACUCUAAAAAAUGUCCUCAGCUACUACGCAAUCAAAAACAACUUUCAGUACAAAGUGUGGAAGUCCUGCUCUCAAGAGUACAGUCUGAAAUGUGUUUACGAAAGCUGCAAUUGGUCACUAAGAGCAUCGAGAAAUGGCCCAACAAACACAUUCAUAAUCAGGAGGUUCUCAAAUAUGCACACAUGCCCCAUAAAUAUUAGGCAUGAAGACCAAAGGCAAGCAACAUCGAAACUGAUAGGGGAAUGCAUAAAACCGAAGUUCUUGAACAUAAAGACCAAGGCAACAGCGAUGGACAUAAAAGGGGAGUUGAAAUAUAGAUAUGGCAUCAAAAUGAACUAUAUGAAAGCUUGGAGAAGUAAGGAACAUGCAGUAAACGACUUGAGAGGUAAUGCUAGUGACUCGUACAGCCUAAUACCGAGUUUCUUACACAUGGUGGAAAAAACAAACCUUGGAUCAUUUGUCGAUCUGAAAACGGCAGAAGACAACAGCUUGCUCUUUGUUUUCAUGGCGUUGGAUGCAUCCAUAAAAGGGUGGGGAGCAUGCAGACCGAUAGUUGUUGUGGACGGAACGUUCCUCAAAGCAGCUUAUGAGGGAACUUUGUUGUGCGCAUGCACACAAGAUGCAGCAGGUCAUAUUUUUCUACUAGCGUUUUGUGUUGCAGAUUCUGAGAAUGACCAAUCUUGGAAAUGGUUCUUCAAAAAAUUUAAAGAAGCGUAUGGGGUACGGGAACACCAAUGCCUAAUUUCAGACAGAAAUGAAAGCCUCAUCAAAGCAGCGAGAGAAAUCUAUCCAGAAAUUGCACACAGUUACUGCGGUUACCACAUUUUGAGCAACCUUAAAACAAGCUUCAAACAACAUGCUGCCAAAUACAAUCUGCCAUUCUUUGGAGCAGUCAAAGCCUACACAGAAAAGCAAUUCGAGUUCCACAUGGCUGAAUUAGAUGGAUUGGACAAACGCAUAAGACCUUACCUAAAAAAAAUCGGCAAGGGAGCUACCAAUUACAACGCUGCUAGAAUGCUUGAGAGCAUUGGUGAAACAAUGGACGCAUACUAA